GACUGCUUGCGAUCUUCGAACUAAACGGUUGUGUUUACUGCGCGAGUGGCUCGAACGAAACGCGCUGAAUUUUGUAUAAGACGAAUUGGCCUGAUAGUGUUUUUGUAAAAAAAAAAAAAAUUGAAACAGUGUCAAAUUAUAUACAACAUACAUAGUAUUCAAAGAAAAUUUAAGAAUUUUCAAUACAAAUACCCGAAAUAAAGCAAACGAAACUUCGACGUGCGCAAAGUGUGUGUAAAAAAACGCGCAGAGAGCGCUAAGCAAAGAAAAGAAAAGAAAAAGAAAAAACGUGAUGCAGCGCUGUGUUGAAAACUUCUGAGGCGUUCGCGUCGCGCUGCGCGUCGCACCGUUACGAAAAGUGUGUGAAUUAUGUGUGAAAAUUGUUGAAAUUGUUGUGAAAAAUGUGCACAAAUGCAGUGGCAAAGUGAAGCGAUCUUAAGCACGAGACCAGAUCGCCAGAUCGCGUUCAAGCUGAAGCUGAAGCCAAAGCGAAACCAGCAAUCACAACAAAACGAAACAGAGAGAGCGAUUGAGAGAGCGUAAACGACAGUCGGAGAGCGUAAAGGAUAGCCGGAGAGCGUGUGUUGAAGUGUUGUUUAUGCUGAGCAGCGAAAAAUGCAGCGCAGGCAUAAUGCAAAAUACAAAAUAAGUAGUUGUGGCUUUUUUUUAAAACAUCAAUAACAAAAAUAAACAAUACACGCACACACACAUACACACUCCCAUACAAACAGCAAGAGCGUGAACGUGAACUUCAAGCUGAUUGGUAGCACUUUUCUGCCGCUGUUAGCUAACAGAACAGUCUCACAGACUGCCAAACACCCAGUUAACAGCUGUGAGAACGCGCGUCAUUUGUCCUCCCACACACCAGCUAAUCUACGAGACAGUCACACAGACACACACAAACACACACCAAUAUGGAUAGGGAGAGCCUGCCGCGCGUACCGGACACACACGGCGAUGUUGUCGAUGAGAAAUUAUUCUCGGAUCUUUACAUACGCACCAGCUGGGUAGACGCUCAAGUGGCGCUCGAUCAAAUUGAUAAGGGCAAGGCGCGUGGCAACCGCACGGCGAUCUAUCUGCGUUCAGUAUUCCAAUCCCACCUCGAAACGCUCGGCAGCUCGGUGCAGAAGCAUGCGGGCAAGGUGCUCUUUGUGGCCAUCCUGGUGCUGAGCACGUUCUGUGUGGGCCUCAAGAGCGCCCAGAUACACACGAAGGUGCACCAGCUGUGGAUACAGGAGGGCGGCCGACUGGAAUCGGAGCUGGCCUACACACAGCAGACGAUCGGCGAGGACGAAUCGUCCACGCAUCAGCUAAUCAUCCAGACGGCCCACGAUCCGAACGCAUCGGUGCUGCAUCCGCAGGCGCUGCUCUCCCAUCUCGAGGUGCUGGUCAAGGCGACGGCGGUCAAGGUGCAGAUCAACGAUACGGAAUGGGGCCUGCGGGACAUAUGCAACUCGCCGACAACGCCCAGCUUCGAGGGGCACUACUAUAUGGAGCAUAUACUGAGGCAUCUGAUACCGUGCUCCAUCAUAACGCCGCUCGAUUGCUUCUGGGAGGGCAGCCAGCUGCUGGGACCCGAAGCCCCACUCUUUAUACCUGUCCUCAAUCAGCGACUGAUGUGGAGCACACUGAAUCCGUCGGCUCUGAUGCAGUUCAUAAAGCAGGAGAUUUCCGAUCAGAAGGUCAGCUUUGACUUUGACACCGUCGAGCAGUACAUGAAGCGAGCGGCGAUUGGCACUGGGUACAUGGAGAAGCCCUGCCUGAAUCCCUUGCAUCCGCAGUGCCCGGACACGGCGCCCAACAAGAACAGCCAGCAGCCACCGGACGUGGGCGCUAUACUCUCCGGCGGCUGUUACGGGUUUGCGCCCAAGCACAUGCACUGGCCGGAGCAGCUGAUUGUGGGCGGGGCGCAGCGCAAUCGCAGCGGGCACCUGAAGACGGCCAAGGCGCUGCAGACGGUGGUGCAGCUGAUGACAGAGAAGGAGAUGUACGACCAGUGGCAGGGACACUACAAGGUGCACACCCUCGGCUGGACGCAGCAGAAGGCCGCCGAGGUGCUCAACGCCUGGCAACGGAACUUCUCGCGCGAGGUGGAGCAGCUGCUGCGCAAGCAAUCCCGCAUUGCGGCCAACUAUGACAUCUAUGUCUUCAGCUCGGCCACCCUGGACGACAUCCUGGCCAAGUUCUCGCAUCCCAGUGCUGUGAGCAUUGUCAUUGGCGUCGCGGCCACUGUGCUCUAUGCGUUCUGUACGCUGCUGCGCUGGCGUGAUCCGGUGCGCGGCCAGAGCAGUGUGGGCGUGGCCGGCGUACUGUUGAUGUGCUUCAGCACGGCCGCGGGCCUGGGCCUGUGCGCCCUGCUCGGCAUCGUGUUCAAUGCGGCGAGCACCCAGGUGGUGCCGUUCCUCGCCUUGGGCCUGGGCGUCGAUCACAUCUUCAUGCUGACGGCGGCCUAUGCGGAGAGCAAUCGCAAGGAGCAAACGAAACUGAUACUGAAGAAGGUCGGACCGAGCAUCCUGUUCAGUGCGUGCAGCACGGCGGGCUCCUUCUUUGCGGCCGUCUUCAUUCCGGUGCCCGCCCUGAAGGUCUUCUGCCUGCAGUCGGCCAUCGUGAUGUGCUUCAAUCUGGCCGCCGCGCUGCUCGUCUUUCCGGCCAUGAUAUCGCUGGAUUUGCGUCGUCGCACCGCCGGACGUGCGGACAUCUUUUGCUGCUGCUUUCCCAUCUGGAAGGAGCCGCCCAAGUCCGCCUCCCCAGCGCUGGCCAUGAACAACAACAACAGCAUGCGCGGCGGACGUCAUCCCAAGAACUGCAACAACAAUCGAACGGGACAGCAGCAGCAGCAGGUGCAGGUGCAGCCACAGCAGCUCGCUCAGAAUCCGCUGCUAGAGUCGCGAGCUCCAUUGGCUGGCGGCCUAGCCACCUCCCUGCCCAGCUUCUCGCUGGCCAGCUUUGCCUACAAGUAUUAUACGCCCUUCCUCAUGCGCAGCUGGGUCAAGUUUCUGGCCGUGAUGGGCUUCCUCUGUGCGGUGAUCUUCAGCCUGUACGAGGCGACCGCGCUGCAGGAUGGCCUCGACAUCAUCGACCUGGUGCCCAAGCACAGCAACGAGCACAAGUUUCUCGAUGCCCAGACGCGUCUGUUUGGCUUCUAUAGCAUGUAUGCCGUUACCCAGGGCAACUUUGAGUAUCCGACGCAGCAGAAGCUGCUCUGCGACUACCACGAGGCGUUCGUCCGGGUGCCGCACGUCAUCAAGAACGACAAUGGGGGACUGCCGGACUUUUGGCUGUUGCUGUUCCGCGACUGGCUCAAGAAUCUGCAGCGCAUCUUCGACGAGGAGCUGCGCGACGGGCGACUGAACAAGGAGAAAUGGUAUCCGAAUGCCAGCAGCGAUGCGAUUCUCGCCUACAAGCUGAUGGUGCAGACGGGCUAUGUGGACAAUCCGGUGGACAAGAGUCUGGUGGAGACGAAUCGUCUAGUCGACAGGGAUGGCAUCAUCAAUCCCAAGGCCUUCUACAACUAUCUAUCAGCGUGGGCCACCAACGAUGUCUUUGGCUACGGCGCCUCACAGGCCAAACUGUAUCCGGAACCGCGCCAGUAUUAUCAUGCACCCAACGAAUACGAUGUUAAGAUACCCAAAAGUCUGCCCCUGGUCUACGCCCAGAUGCCCUUCUAUUUGCACGGCCUCACCGAUACCUCGGAGAUCAAGACACUGAUUGGACACAUACGCGAUCUGAGCGUCAAGUUUGAGGGCUACGGAUUACCCAACUAUCCGUCUGGCAUUCCCUUCAUCUUCUGGGAACAGUACAUGACGUUGCGCUCCUCGCUGGCCCUGAUUCUUGCCUGCGCCCUGCUGGCCGCCUUGGUGCUGGUCUCGCUCCUGCUGCUCUCCGUUUCGGCCGCCAUUCUGGUCAUUGUCACGGUGCUGGCCUCGCUGGCCCAAAUCUUUGGCGCCAUGACCCUGCUGGGCAUCAAACUGUCGGCCAUACCCGCUGUGAUAGUCAUACUGGGCGUGGGCAUGAUCCUCUGCUUCAAUGUGCACAUCUCAUUGGGCUUCAUGACCUCGGUGGGCAAUCGUCAGCGUCGCGUCCAUCUGGCCAUGCAGCUGUCGCUGGGGCCGCUCGUCCAUGGCAUUCUCACCUCCGGCAUGGCUGUCUUUAUGCUCUCCACGUCGCCGUUCGAGUUCGUCAUCCGGCACUUUUGCUGGCUGCUGCUUGUCGUGCUCUGUGUGGGCGCUUGCAAUAGCCUGGUGGUGUUCCCCAUACUGCUGAGCAUGCUGGGCCCGGAGGCGGAGCUGGUGCCGCUGGAGCAUCCGGAUCGCAUAUCGACGCCAUCGCCGGUGCCGAUGCGCAGCAGCAAGCGAUCCAACAAAUCGUUCAUUGUGAAUGGCUCACGCGGCUCGUCGCGCUCCAACAACUGCCACAAGGCGCAUCACUAUCACAAGGAUGUCAACAUCAAUGAUCCCUCGCUGACCACCAUUACCGAGGAGCCGCAGUCGUGGAAGUCCAGCAAUUCAUCCAUACAAAUGCACAACGAUUGGAGUGCCCCGUCCACGCCCACGCCCACGCACAACCGCAACCACAACCACAAUCACAACCACAAUCACAACCACAAUCAUCUGAACAAUCAUUAUAUGAACAACAUGAACAACUAUCAGCAACGCGAACCACCGCAUGGCUCCAGCUCCAACUCUGGCCAAGGCAACGGCAACGGCUCCAAUUAUAGCUGUAAUGCUGGGCCAGCGCCGCCGCCGCCAACGUAUCACAAGCUAUCGCAGCCCAUGCUGGGCGGCUAUGCGCCGCCGGAGCUGCAGAGCAUUGUGGUGCAGCCGGAGGUGACCGUCGAGACGACGCAUUCGGACAGCAACACCACCAAGGUGACGGCCACGGCGAACAUCAAAGUGGAGCUGGUGACGCCCGGGCGAGCGGUGCGCAGCUACAACUUUACGAGUUAGCCCUGGCACUAGUUCCUGUAGCCAUUAACGUCUAUCUGUAAACUGUAAACUGUGAACUGUUAACUGUUAACUGUAAUCUGUAUAUGUGUA